GUUCGUUCGUGCGUGGUGGCGGGCGGACCGAAGCGAGGGAAGACCCGGGGCCAUCAGGUCUAAGGAUUCAUUGUUUCUCUUGUUCUUUUAAAAUCCUGAGAGUCUUCAGGCAAGAUGGAUAACCAAGAAAAAAAAAUUAGCAACAUACCAUGUGGGUUAAAAACAGAUCUGGAUUUACUGCUGGAGUGUUUGAAGUAUCAGAUGGACAGUCCUGAAACUCAGAAACAAGCCCUGGUCACUAUCUAUUCCAUAUGUCAGCAAAAUUGUGAAGCAAGUGAUUACUUUCGUGAGAUUGGAGGUGUGGACUUUAUUCGAGGACUUAUUAAACUGACUAAUGCUUCUGUCCUUCGUGAAGCUGCUCUAUUCACGUUAGGUGCUCUAGCUGAAAGCAGUGUGUACUGCCAGCAGAGUCUGUGCACUGUAGAACUGCUAUCUGGUAUCGCCAUGUCACUUGCUCAGAAGGAUGCUUCACUGACUCUGAAGAGGACAGAUGUCUACAUGAUCCUGGUGUUGGUCUCACACAACAAGGAGAUUGAAGUGAUCGAGUCCACAGCGAAGCGCAGCGUUCUCCUCUCCAGGGUCAGUCCACGGGUCUACUUGAUGAUCAGAGAUCAGCUGAGCUACGACAGCGCGAUGGGCGCCCUCAAAAGACAAUACCUGCGGACGGUAAACACCGUCUACACGCAGCAUCGAACUAGACUCCCGAUGUUGGACAAGCAAUCCAUACAUGAAAAUAUUGGUCAAUACUACGAGUUGUGGUCAUCCAUUGGAAGUACUCUCUGUGCUUGUGUCAACAAUCCACAGAAUGAAGAGAACCAGAGACUGUGUACAACAGCCUUUCCAUUUGCAAAUGAAUGCCUGCAAAAAUGCAUCAGACAAGAAAUAAUCCGGCCCAUUUGUGCAUUUAUUGGACUCACAGUUGCCAAUAAUUCAUAUGCACAGAACUACUUUUGUAAAGUUGGUGGCCUGGAUACACUUGCUCAGACUGUUGCGAAUUUGGCUGAUGCAUCUCUAACAAAUCACCCUAAUGUGGAGUUGCUAAUAUCUGUGAUAAAAACCCUGGAUUCCUGCAUUUCAGAAAAUUCUUCCUUGGCUUCACGCUUGUCAAAAUACUCCAUCGUACCCAAGCUUGUUGCACUGUUAUCACAAAAUAAUCUUGACACCAGCAACAAAUUGGGCGUUAUUCUUGCUAUUGGGCACUGCACUGAUGGAUGUGAGGUGCAUCAGUAUCAAUUACUGAAGAGCAAUGGGCUUCCACUAAUGAUCCAAAUAGUGGCUGAAUCCCAGGAUGACGAGCAGAGAAAAGCAGCCACUUUUGUUCUACAGAGUUGCCAGCUCAUAACUGAGAUACUAUCGAACAGUCUGGUGGAGAAUUAUCAGUCGAAAGAAGGCAUAAUUACUUCAGAUCCAAAGGAUAUCAGCCUGAGAAAUUACUGGAAAUUUGCAAAAGAAUUUCUGCAUAGGAUAGAGACGUUAGAAAAGCAUCAAGAGGGAAUGAAACAGAUGGUGAAAGAAGAUGCAUCAAUGAAACACUGCAGAGAACAGCAAUGCUUGAAUAAACAAUGUGUGGACAUUACAAAAAUAAAUAGAUGGAAAAGAUAUGGAAAAUUUCAGGAUUUUACUCCAGCACAAAAAAAAUUAGAUAUCUGUCAAGGUGUAACUGGAUACAGAGAAGGAGGUUCUGUUAUUCCAACAUUCAGUUCAUCCAGUUUUGUUGAAAAAAACAAGCAUCAACACCAGGAUCAGCAGUUAAUGGAAAAAGUCAAGCGGCAAAUAUUUGUGGAAGAUGAUGUUCCACACGAAGAAAAUGGUGAAAAUAACAAUUCACUUCAGUCUGAUAACAUUAAAAGUGACCAAAUAAAUUUAGAUGUCAAAGCAAGAAAUGAAAAUAGUCAGAACCACAAUAUGAACAAAGAGACUGCUUGUGGCAAAGGGCCUCAAGACAUCUCUGAUACUCACAACAGAGAUUGGCUUCCAGAAACUGAUCAGCAACUUGACAAAAUGUCUUGGUCUGUGACAUGUAGAAAGACUAUUGAUCAACCAGUAACAGUGCCAGAGCUGAGAGUACAAGGAACGGGUAUGUCAAUGGAAGAGCAAAACUCCAGGUAUAAGCAGGAAUGUGAACAGAGCCAGGACCAAUUCAAAAGACCUGCUCCAACUAAGGAAAAGAGAAGCAAACAGAAAAACAUUGAUCUAUCAUACUGUUGGACCUUACAGAUGGUGGGGAAGAAUGUAUUUAUUCUUAAGAAUUCAUUGAAAACAAGUGAUCAUCCUAAUUUUUACAUCAACAAAUUGGAUCCAUUGAUUCUGUGUUCAGACCUAAUUGAUAAUGAAAUCAGUGGGAGUCUUAAUUAUUCUGUACCUUCACUUAAUGUUGGUCAGGAUUUCCGAUGUUCAGGUUGUUCAAAUGUAGCCGCAUCCUUGAAUAGUAGGAAUUUCAGCAAGAUACUUCAGUCUUGCCCAAACAAAUGUGAUCGUCAUAAAGUGAUACAAGAAUGUGAGGACAGAUACAAAAAGGAGCUUAAGAAGUUACUAGACAUUGACAUUACUAAAAUUGACAAAAAAUUGUUUUUGACUCCAUUCAAAAGGACAACAUCUCGCAUUACAGCUUUCCAUAUACAGCAAACAGAUUCUAUAAACUUGGCUAAAACAUCUACAAAAAAAACAAAGCUCAAAGCACUUCUGAAAUGUUUGGCUGCGGGGCUCGGUGAAAUUGGGUCAAGGCAGCACGGUGAAGAGAAGGCAGAAGUAAAGGGAAAUCUAGGGAAGGAAAGAAAAAUAGAAGACAUUGUAAAGUGUUCAGGAAAGUCCAAACCUAUUCUGAUUACUCCACACAGAAAACAGCAAUGAGAACAUCAAACCUCAACCCCUCUCCCUGGCGGGGUGCAGAAAAGAAGGCAGCGUAAGGAUUUCACAAAGGAGGAAAUUGGCUACCUGCUCAAUGGUGUGUUAAAAAUGGGCUAUCAUUGGAAUUCUAUUCUUUGGUCAUAUCCAUUCCAGAAAGGACGAACCAAUGUGGAUCUAGCACACAAAUAUCGGAACUUACAGAAAAGAAAUUUGAACAAGUCAAGAUCUGGAAGCCAAGAUUGUUCAGUGGAAUUGUGCUGACUGACCUCAAUCAUUUGAAGUGGAGGCAGACCUUGAUUCAAAAGGAAUAUUCUCAAUUGGUGUGUUACCACAUAUAUCAGCAAAAAAGCAAGUUGCAAUAAGAUUUAACUGUUGUAAUUGAACAGCUGGAUAAAUCUCAUUAUUAUAUUGUAUUACAAAUAUUUAUUCUGAAAUGGAGUAUAGGUUGCAUAGGAGGUUUCAUGGUUAACUGUAGUGCUCCAUGCUAAAAUAUUCCAGCUCUCCAUCCCCAUUGAUAAUCAGUGAUUUAUGUUAGAAAAUGCAUUAGCCAUCUGCCAAAUGCCAAUGAGACUUUAUUAGGACAUUGUCAGCAUUUGCCAUCUCGACUCACAGGGGAAGAAUUAAUUCUUGAGUGCUGUGACAGAGGUUAUAUCCAGGAAUAAAAUCUUUGCAGUUUAACUACCAUGCCAUAAUGGAAUGAUGCACAUCUAUGCAUCUGUUCAAAAUCUACUCAAAUUACAUUAAUCAGAGAAUAAUUUGAGUGGAUUGAUUAAUGUCCCAGUGUACUGCUCUGUCAUAUUCUCAGCUGCUUAAUAACACUGAGUAAGUCUACCAGAUCUUUCAUCACAGUACAAACCCUAAUGUCUGGGAAAUGGAAACUGUUUGGAGAAUGUCUGAAAUAUUUCUGCUUUAGCCCAUUGGCAUGGAGUUCCAUUAACUGGUUGCAAAAUCAGAACAUUCUUACACAGUGGUGUUUACUUUAUAGCUAAAGUGCCACAUGUAGCCUUACUUCUCCAGCUUUUAAAACCCAACUGAAUGAACUAGCUGAGUUUAUUUGCUGUUUAUAUUGUAGUUAGAAGAGGGUUGGUUUGAUCUUGUAAUCAUUAAUAAACCUUAAUGUUUUGAA